AUGGGAGCGUCCGAGCCCCCCAACUUCUCGUGGGUGGCGGAGGGGCGGCUGGCGGGCCUGGGCAUGCCGCGGGAGCCGGGGCACUACCGGUUCCUGCUGGGCCAGGGCGUGCGGCACCUGGUGUCGCUGUCAGAGCGGGCACCCCCGCACCACGGCUGCUGCCCGGCCAUCCACCUCCACCGGCUCCGUGUGCCCGACUUCAGCCCUCCGACACCCGGGCAGAUCCAGAGCUUCCUGCAGCUGGUGGAGGAGGCCAACGCCCGCGGUGAGGCUGUGGCAGUGCACUGCAUGCUGGGACACGGCCGGACGGGCACCAUGCUGGCCUGCUACCUGGCGAAGGCACAGAAGAUGAAUGGCAACGACGCCAUCUGGGAGAUCCGACGGCUGCGGCCCGGCUCCAUCGAGACACGGGAGCAGGAGCAAGCCGUGAUCCAGUUCUGCCAGCGCGUUUGUGCUGGAGAGGACAGCGAGGAUGCGUGAACACGACCGUCUCCUCGGGGCAGCGUGUGCUGGAUGGG